UCAAUUUCCAAUAUGGCGACACGCUGAGUAGAAUUUGUGCAAAGCGUUGCUAGUUGCUAAAUCAUUUCGGCUAUAUUGAAGCUAUUUUGUUUGCUUGGUGUUAUUACUGUAAGACAGUUGUUCAGGUAUACAUAUUUUCUUAAAUAACUUCAAGAUGUAUCGUCGCGGAGCCGCAAAGAAGGACCCUAACAACAAACCUGUGAAGAAGGACGUGAGCGACAGCGAUAAAUACGCCGAUAUCUUGGUUUUCGGUUAUGCCUGCAAACUGUUCCGAGACGACGAAAAGGCUCUUUACCACGAACAUGGAAAACACCUAAUCCCAUGGAUGGGAGACAAGAGCAUCAUGAUUGAUAGAUACGAUGGGCGGGGUCACUUACAUGACCUUUCAGACUAUGACAGCGGGUCAUGGAAUACAUCCUACCAGCUGUCAGAGGAAGAGGCGAGGAUUGAGGCGCUGUGUGAUGAAGAGCGGUACCUGGCUCUACACACCGACCUGCUGGAAGAAGAGGCAAGACAAGAGGAAGAAUACAAACGUUUAAGUGAGGCUCUGGCUGACGAAGGCACUUACAACGCAGUGGCUUUCAAAUACAGCGCUGACUACUAUGAUCCCUCACAGCCCACAGAGGAAGAGGACGCCAAAAGGGAACAUGAGGAGGCAGAGCCUGAGGAAAGUGAAGAACCAUUUGUUGCCCCCCCAGGACUUGCUAUCCCACCAGAUGUAGAGCUGCCAGCAACUAUCAAGACUCACAACAUCAUCGAAAGGACGGCCAACUUUGUGUGUCAGCAGGGUGCUCAGUUUGAGAUAGUGCUAAAAGCAAAGCAGGCUGGGAACUCCCAGUUUGACUUUCUCCGCUUUGACCACUAUCUGAACCCAUAUUAUAAACACAUUCUGCGGGCCAUGAAGGAAGGUCGAUACAACCUUGUCUCUUCUAACAAGCCGGAUCAGUCGCAGGAGUCAAGUUCAGAAGAUUCUGAUGAUGAUGGAGAUGGCAACUACCUUCACCCUAGUCUUUUUGCUCCAAAGAAAUGUUCUCGUCUAGAGGAGCUUACAAAGCCUCUUAAGGUCAUGGACCCGGAUCAUCCCCUCGCAGCGAUUGUACUAAAGGCUCAACAGGAAAGAAAUGGAACAGCACCUGCAGUCGCCCCUCCUGAGGAACCAGCACCCGCUCCCCCAGUCCAGUACUCUGCUGACCCUGUCUACUACGGGUAUUACAUGCUUCCAGAUGGCUCAUACUGCUUAGCUGCACCUCCACCAGGUGUAGAGGCCUCUUCAUACUACAACAAUAUGACUUCAGCUGUCGCUUCUGCUCCUGCUUCUUCUGAGGCUUCGUCCCAGAGUGAGAGCACCUCAACACCUGCUGUAACUGUCACAGUGGCGCCGCAGGCGACGGCUCCCUCACAGGUUUUUACUCCAGCUGAAACUCCUGCUGUUGCCACUAACGUUCCAGAAAUCAGUAACUCUAAAGUUGAAGCUCCAGUUUCAACACCCGCACCAGCCAUCAUUCCUCCACCACCAGACAUCCAGCCAGUCAUAGACAAGCUGGCUGAGUAUGUGGCGAGGAACGGCCUGAAGUUUGAAGCCAGUGUCCGUGCUAAGAAAGAUCCAAGGUUUGAUUUUCUUCAGUCUUGGCAUCAGUAUAACGCCUAUUACGAGUUCAAGAAGAAUUACUUCUUGCAAAAGGAAGGAAAAGCCUUACCAGAGUUUGAGUCUACAAAUGAAGAUGGGCUCCAAUCAGACAGCUCGGCCAACGAUGCCCAGCUCAAUAAAGCCUCUUUUGCCCCCAUCUCUUUUGCGAUAAAACCAAAGGACACUGACAUGCUUCCCUUCGAGAAGAACAGAGUACGGCUGGACGAUGAUUCAGACGAGGACAAGUUGUUGGAAGAGCAGGGGCUGGAUGCUUUGAUGGUUGGAGCUGUAACGGUGGAAAAAGAACCUUCUCCUGCCAUUGCACCUGAAGAAAAGAAACCUGCUCUUACUUUAGAAGAGCUGGAAGCAAAACAAGCCAAGCAGAAACUGGAGGAUCGUCUCGCAGCUGCAGCUAGGGAGAAGCUGGCCCAGGCAUCCAAGGAGUCCAAGGAGAAACAGCUGCAGGCGGAGAGGAAGAGGAAAGCAGCGCUCUUCCUGCAGACGCUUCGCGGCCCAAUCGCUGGGGAGCCUGAGGCCAAGAGAGCAGAGUUAGAGUCAUAUACACAACAAGAGCUGCAGGAAGCCUACUCUGUCCUGUCUGGUUCUUCAUCUCCUCAAGUGUACAAUACACCACCUGUGAUAGCUAAGGAUCAAAGAGCACCUCUGGAGAUCCAGGGAGGGAACAAAAUAAGGGAGCUCCAAACAAGCUCAUCAUCAUCAUCAUUAUACUCUUCGGGCAAAAGCACAGAGAGACACAGAAACCGAGAUCGGGACAGAGAUCGAGAAAGAGAACGAGCAAGAGACAAGGAUCGGGAAAAAGGGAGGGACAAAGAGAAAAAGAAGAAAAAGCACAGAAGAAGGUCACGAUCAAGCUCAAGGUCAAAGAGCGGACACUCACUUCCUAGUUCCUACAAAAGGGGCCGCAGGUCUCGAUCCCGCUCGCGUUCCCCUGGGAGGAGAGACAGGAGGGCAGCAUCGCCUGAAAAGAGACGUGAGGAGAGAGAUCGUUAUCAUCACAGCAGCCAGUCGAGCUUGCCCAGGGGCCAUUCAAGAUCCAGGUCCCCUUCAGAGCCAAAAAGAAAAGCGUUUUCUUUGUCGGGACAGAUACAAACUGCAGGAACCUCCGUCUCUCCGUAUUCCUCACCCAGAGUUUUCUCUCACUCAGUGAGCCCUGCGUCCAGCCUUGGCCAUUCAAGGGGUGGUUCUCAGGAGAAAGACAAGGCAGUGUCUUCGUCCAUAGUUUCCUCUGUGCAGUCAAAAAUAACUCAGGAUCUAAUGGCCAAAGUGCGAGCCAUGCUUGCUACAUCAAAGACCCUCCAGCCUCCCACUUCCUAAAAACGAUAUAUCUGCAUUCUGAACCCGCUGCAGCCUCCCGUCGGUCAGAGGGCGCCGUUCUCCAAUUUCCUGGAGAUUCAUCUUGCUCUCGUCGGUGUUUAUCAGCAACAUCUUUAUCUAUGAUUUAUUAUUUCAUUUAUGUUUCAGCUCCAGCAGACACUGUUUGGCUACAGAAUGUCCUCUGUGGUGUCGUAGGAGUGAAGUAAGCUGGAGCUGUAAGCGUCUCCUUUCACACCUGAGUGGAGAAAGCGGCUCAUUUACUGGGAGAUUAAGACACAGUUGUUAUGUUUCGACGCAGCGAGAAUCAAUUGGGGAAAUAAUCCAUGUUAUUUUUCAUUGUGUUUUAUGAUAAACCCGUAAAGGAUGUCAGUCAUUUCUGCAGCGUUAUGCAAAGCUGUGGCAAGUGUAAUUAUCUCCUUCUGUGAAGGUUUGUGUUUGAUAAUUUCAUUUUCCUCACAUAUCUGCUUUCCUCUGCUUCCGUUUCUUCCCAAAGCCUCUCCUCUCUCGCUCCAUUAUUUCACCAUUCAACCGAAGAAGUGGUUUUAAUUUUUUAUUCGGCUGUACUGCGUGGCCUUCUAUUUCUGUUCCUGGUUUGUUCUGUAAUGAAUUUGAUGCAGGACACUUUGUAAACUGAAAACCUAAAUAAAGUUUCUGUUAUGACUCAA